AUGAUGUGGCUGCUUUUAACAACAACUUGUUUGAUCUGUGGAACUUUAAAUGUUGGUGGAUUCCUUGAUUUGGAAAAUGAAGUGAAUCCUGAGGUGUGGAUGAAUACUAGUGAAAUCAUCAUCUACAAUGGCUAUCCCAGUGAAGAGUAUGAAGUCACCACUGAAGAUGGGUACAUACUCCUUGUCAACAGAAUUCCCUAUGGGCGAAGACACAUUAGGAGCACAGGUCCCCGGCCAGUUGUGUAUAUGCAGCAUGCCCUGUUUGCAGACAAUGCCUACUGGCUUGAGAAUUAUGCCAAUGGAAGCCUUGGAUUCCUUCUAGCAGAUGCAGGUUAUGAUGUAUGGAUGGGAAACAGUCGGGGAAACACUUGGUCAAGAAGACACAAAACACUCUCAGAGACAGAUGAGAAAUUCUGGGCCUUUAGUUUUGAUGAAAUGGCCAAAUAUGAUCUCCCAGGAGUCAUAGACUUCAUUAUAAAUAAAACUGGUCAGGAGAAAUUGUAUUUCAUUGGACAUUCACUUGGCACUACAAUAGGGUUUGUAGCCUUUUCCACCAUGCCUGAACUGGCACAAAGAAUCAAAAUGAAUUUUGCCUUGGGUCCUGUGAUCUCAUUCAAAUAUCCCACGGGCAUUUUUACCAGUUUUUUUCUACUUCCAAAUUCCAUAAUCAAGGCUGUUUUUGGUACCAAAGGGUUCUUUUUAGAAGAUAAGAAAAAGAAGAUACCUUCUACCAAAAUCUGCAACAAUAAGAUACUCUGGUUGAUAUGCAGUGAAUUUAUGUCCUUAUGGGCUGGAUCCAACAAGAAAAAUAUGAAUCAGAGUCGAAUGGAUGUGUAUAUGUCACAUGCUCCUACUGGUUCAUCAAUACAGAACAUUCUGCAUAUAAAACAGCUUUACCAAUCUGACGAAUUCAGAGCUUAUGACUGGGGAAAUGAAGCCGAUAAUAUGAAACAUUACAAUCAGAGUCAUCCGCCUAUAUAUGACCUGACUGCCAUGAAAGUGCCUACUGCUAUUUGGGCUGGUGGACAUGAUGUCCUUGUAACACCCCAGGAUGUGGCCAGGAUACUCCCUCAAAUCAAGAGUCUUCAUUACUUUAAGCUAUUGCCAGAUUGGAACCACUUUGAUUUUGUCUGGGGCCUUGAUGCCCCUCAACGGAUGUACAGUGAAAUCAUAGCUUUAAUGAAGGCAUAUUCCUAA